CAGAGCAAACCGAUGUCACAUCUUUACUUAGGAUCCUGUUAAGAUCAACAGAUUAGCCAGUGGUCUACCUGUAAGCCACAAGUGAGAAUACACGGAACUACACAGGAUCUUCAUUUCAAGGAACUCCACUACUUUUUCACCCAUCACUGGAACUGAGAAACAAAGCUAAAGAUAUGGACAACAGAUUGGUUCUCGCAGUCCUGUUUGUGACGCUGUCCUGGGUAUCCGUUGGCACCAACGCUCAAACCACAGCAGCAAAUAACAUGACGACUGGUAACAUGACAACAGGGUCAGGACACAACAUGACGAGUGCAAGUGCAACAAUGGCACCAACCAUGACAACAGCGCCAGGAAACAACACGACAGGUGCAUCAAGUACGACAAUGGCAUCAAGUACGACAAUGGCACCAAACACAACAGUCGCAACUACAGCUCCCCCAAUCGUACCCAACACCACGGUGGAAACUCUUCAGACAACUAUUAGUAGAGCAGGAUGCGGGACUGAACAGCUGUGUGCGGGUGAGCCUUCUUCAUGCGACCCCUCCACUGAUGGAUCAUGUUUCUUCCUCGCUGCCAAGCGUCAGAACGGUCAAAACUUUGAGUUUGCGCUCGCAGGAGAGUCAGAUGGAUACCUGGCUGCCUCCCUGUCAACUGAUAGCACACUGGGAGGUAACGACACGACCUACAUCUGUGCAAACAACAAUGGUGUUGUGCAGUUCUUUGGUGCUCUUCUCAACAACGGCAAGCUGGUUCUAAAAGAGCUCAAUGUGAACUCGGUGAAGGGUAAGAUCACUGGAAAGAAAAUCCAGUGUACAUUUGCUGCCACCGUACCAACUCCUGUCACGAGAUCAACAAGCUUCGCAGUCGCAAUCUCCACUGGACCUUACAACAGCACUUCUGGUUCUCUGGGAUCCCCGGACACCAAACUACAGAGCCCUGUUCUGAACCUGGCAAGUCCAAACACCACUGUCACCAAUCAGAUUUCCCCCAACACCACCACUUCCCCCAACACCACCACCAACCACGGCAUUACAUUCCAGCAAUCACUGACACAAGCUCUGCUGAUCUCUGCAGGUAUGCUGAGUCUGACCAUGCUAUGAGGAAACUGAAUCCCCCAUGAAUCAAGCCAAGAAAACCAGAACUUCUGCUGAAUAUCAACAUCUCAUACAAACCUAACACAUUGCAGCCCAGAUUGUUAGGAUCAUACUCAAUUAUGUAUCAACUCACUGUAGAUGAAAGUAGGAGUGGUCACUCUUCUACAGCCUUCUGCUUUCACAUCUGUUAUAGGUUCUGAAAGUCAAUUUGUUUUUCAAUGUAAUGUGUGCAAUAUAUUUUUCUUUGAAUUGCAACCAAAGGGCUGCUCCAUUUCUGUCCGACAAGUGCCUUAAUUAACAUGCAUAAAUCAAUCUUUGAAUGGGGUACAAACAAUUCAACUUACGAUUGGAACCGUUAAAUGUAAUCAAAUCCAAUCCAACCUUGACUUGUACAUGUCAAGCUUGAUACAGACUUUGGGUUUGGGGUCUGGUUACCUUUUCGAGCCCAUGACUUGGUAUUAAUUGUGAUACCAAGAAAAUGUCUGCUGGAGAAACUCAACAGUGCAUAUGUGUCAAAACGUUUUGUCAAAAAGUUGAGGAACUAAUGAAGAAACUUUAUGAAGGACCAUAAUUAUUUUUUCUUUGUGUGUGUCACUACAAAUUUACAUUAAUAUCUCUAACUUUGUUAUGACACACAGCAGAUAAGCUAAGAUGUUUUUCUUUUCUCCUGUCACUCAUAAUGAUGCCAGCAAAUGGCAGAUAGUGUGUGUGUUUUGUUACAUUGUUAUUUUUAUUAUUAUAUUAUUAUUAUAUUGAUCUAUUCUUUGGUGUGAUGUUUUGACAGUGAAGCCUUCACUUGCUAAGAUUUCCAUGUGUGCAUCUAUGAGAAAAUGCAUUGCUCAUAAAAAAUGUAAAACAUGACACCAAAUAUUGAUGAUACUCAUUUUGCACAUUUCAUUAUGUAACAAUUGAGUUAUGAUAUAUUU